CUCGCCGAGUGUGGCUGGCGCGCUCAGACGCCAGUCGACGGGGAACGUUGACGAUUGACGUUGUGUUUCAAUUUGUUGUCGGACAGCUAAACGGUUGUGGUGAUUUUUGUGUUUGCUCCGAAGCAGUAUUUCUUGCAUUUAUUGACAAAUAACAAAACACAGUUCAAAUUUUAAAUAAAAUACACAUACUCAUACGUACGUAUGUAUGUAUGUAUGUGCAUCUGGGCUAAGUGCAGAGUGAAAAGUGAAAGAAUUAUGUAAAUAUUGCAGCGGUCAGCGCGCAGAAGCCAUAAAGAACGCGAAAUCUAACGGGUUCGGUGGAGAAUCAACAAUUAUCAUGCUAUUUACUACAUACUAAUGUAUGUAUGUACAUACUUAUGUGUGUUUGUGCAUAAGAAAUUUGUUUGAAUAUUAAUUUGCAAAGAGUUUCUAAAUUAAUUACCAGAUACAUAUCGCAGAUGUUUAUAUAAAAUGUGUUGAUAUGUAUGUAGAAAUAUUUUUAAAGUUAAAUAAUUAACAAGUUGCAAUUAGAAUGUUUGCAGCAACCGGCCUCAUAAAUAGUACGCGCUUCAAAACAGAUUUUAGAAAAUAUUGCUUACCAAAUAAAAAACUUCAGUAACAACAACAAACAAACCAACAAAAAUUAAUAAAUUAUGUCAAGGGUUAUACCAAAAACCUAUUGAACCCAGUCAAUUGGAAAAUCAUUCAUAACGUCGCCUUGAAACGCAAAUAAGCAAUAAAAAAUAGAACAAAAAAGCCAAAAACAGUGAUUCACAAACAAACAGUCAUCAUAUACAGUGUUAACAAAAAAUAUGCAUACAUAACUAUACUGCGCUUAUUGUACGCACAAGCUUCAUAUGUAUAAGUUAGUGUAUGUAUGGCAGCAACGGCAGAACCACAACUUCAGUGCAGCGUAAAAAAUAAUUUCUUAAUUAAAAGAUCGAAUUUCGCUACAUACAAACUUUAAAUAAAUAAAACCGUGGUGAUGAGCCGCAUAUCGAAUAUUUCUCUACAAUACAAACCAAAAGUAACAUGCUGCGUCGAAAUAUUUCGAAUCACAUUCGCCCGUUAUUGAUGCUGCUCGCCGGACUCAUAAUUGGCUUCUCAUUCUCUCAGCAACUUCGCAACAACGAUUGCGCCUUUCGACUGAGCUUGCCCAGUGGUGUCUUUUCGGCGAGAGAAGACGAAUAUGAAGGUCAUACAAUUCCGCUGCUGCCGACCGGAGCAGAUGAUCUGCUCACACGUUCUAUCACUGCUACCACAGAUAAUAACACGCUAGCGGCGCAGCUGUACAAUGAAACGCGUGUGCUCUGCUGGGUGCUAACUAGUCCCGCUAAUCAUGCCAAAAAGGCCAUUCAUGUCAAAAAUACAUGGGGUUCGCGCUGCAAUCGUAUACUAUUCAUGAGCUCGGAGAGUGAUAAGGAACUGGGUAGCGUGAAAUUGCCGGUCAAGGAGGGACGUGGGAAUUUGUGGCACAAAACGAGAGAGGCAAUGAAAUACAUCUACGACCAUCACUUUGACGAAGCUGAUUGGUUCCUGAAGGCUGACGAUGACACUUAUGUCAUUGUGGAGAAUUUACGCGCUUUCUUAUAUCCCUUCGACAACAAAGCUCCCAUCUAUUUCGGUUGCAAGUUCAAAAAAUAUGUGAGACAAGGCUACAUGUCCGGUGGGGCCGGUUAUGUAUUGAGCAAAGAGGCUGUCAAACGCUUCAUGGAGGAAGCCUAUACAAAUGAGAAAAUCUGUCGCAAGCGUUCCGGUGGUGCUGAGGAUAAAGAAAUGGGCAGUUGCUUGCAGAAUGUUGGCGUGGUGGCUGGUGAUUCACGUGAUGAGUACAAACGUGGUCGAUUCUUUCCGUCGGGUCCCCAAGGGCACAUUAUACCAAAAAAUAAAUCGGCGUGGUACUGGCGUUAUAUAUUUUACAAAACAGAAGAUGGUCUCAACUGUUGUUCAGAUUAUGCAAUAUCUUUUCACUAUGUGCAACCAUCCUAUAUGUACGUGUUGGAUUAUCUUAUAUAUAGCUUGCGUCCUUUCGGCAUUUUCAAACAGAUCGAAGCACUGCCAGCAAAACGAAAUAUGACUGAUUUGUUGGAAAAGUGGCGGAAGGAAGAGUCUGACAACCCUUUAUAAGUGUGUCUACACAGAUAGUAUAUAUGCGGUUGUAAAUAUAAUAAAUUUGAAGUAAAUUUCAAAAGUUAGUAAGCUAGAGAGGAUCUUAACAGAGCUGACCUAAAUCUCUCAAAAAACAGAGAAUAAAUCCGGAGGUAGAGUGAAUAGAACUUACAGAAACUUUCAGGUGGAGUUUGACCACGUACUUAUGUAUAUAUUGUAUGUUUUAAUUAUUGUCAUUAUAGUGCCUUAUAUCAUUAUUUAUUUUAUACACCUAGACUGUGGCAAAAUUGAGUAUUGAUUUACACGCUGUCAAGAAAGUAUCGGGAAUUCUUCAUUUCCCCCUCUCAUCUCCUGCUUAUAUGGAAGUCAGUGAAAUUUUUUUUCCUACGACAUAAACAGCUGCUUUAAGCACACUGGUUGACAGAUCGCGCUAUCUUUUGGCUCCAUAAUUAAGAACAGUUGUAAAAACGGGAGAUUUAAAUGCAGAAUUUCCGAUACUUUCUGGACAGGGUGUAAUAUGUUAUAGAGAAUAUAUUUAAAUAUUUUAGUCUACAUAUAAGAUUAGUUUAGUGAUUGUUAAAAAAUCAACUGUGUGCUUUUAAAUCAUACUGGACAUUAAAUGGUGCCACUGAACUUGUGCUGUGUCGUAAAUUAUAACCUAUAAAUGUAUCUAUCUAUAAUACAAGUAUAAGUGAUAUAAUGUGAUAAGUGUAAAUGCAAAUGUAAAAUAUAUUAUUUAAUUAAA